UAUGUGAUUAAUAAUAGCCUGAUUUUGUAUGUAAAGUGAACACCUGCAUCGCUCGCUUAUCGCUGCUAGGCUUUUGACAGUGAUGGCUUUGUAGUCCGACCGUGUGUCAUUGAUACUUUACAUGGUUGUGAAUUUACUGUUUCUGUUGUACGUUUAUCAGCAGUAAUUAGUAUUGUGCUACUGUUGAAGAGUGUCUGAUUAUUUGUAUCGUUUUAACAGAUUAAAUUGUUUAGAACAAAACUAUAGCUAUGGUUGAAUAUUAUAGUUAUUAUUUCUUGUAAUUACUGCAUAUUUACGAUGUCCAGAUGAAUUCAAUGGGACAAAACCAUCUCAGAUUUCGAUAGAGAAUCAUAUCAAAGAAUACGGAUUGACUGGAUUUAGGAGUUAGAUAUUUUCUAUAACUGAAACCUAAUCAUGGAAACUGAAGUUGAAGAAACCAGAUUCCAACUGACAGCUCCCAGUAAAACAGCGAUUACGGAAAAGAUCCACUAUAAAGAUCCUAGAUUUCACCUACAUAUUGUCCAAAAGGAAGAAACUACGUCCCGAAGGCCUGCAAUACAUUCACUGAAAAAGGAAAGGCUAGCUUAUUAUAGAAUCUUCACAUCAUCGACGUCGAAAUCUAGUAUAAUACCUGAACAAAAUAUGAAUGUUAACAAUUUGCUGUGGUUUUACACACUGAACACCUUUUUUAAAACGGUACCACAUAGUUUUGUUCACUUUUUCAUCUCUGCCUAUGCACCAGAAGAGCAUAUGUUUAUUACGAAAAUGGUACCUGUUAGCCACGGCUUGAAGUAUUUAUUUAUCGUGGCAGGAGUCCUAGAUUUAUUGAUUACCACUGAUACGUUGGUAUUGCUAUUGCAAUACUCCGUUGCUGGACUACUCCUCAAAAAUCCUUGGAACAGGUGCCCAAAUCCUGCCACGUACUAUGAUCAAUUCCACAACGUUACCAUGCAUUGUCUUGAGCUAAAUGAAUUUGUUAAAAUGUUUAAUAACAAAUCUUAUCGUGUAUCGGGUUUUAGGUUUUUAUUGGACGAGGAUAAUCACUUCCAAGUAGCACAGAUCGACUACUAUAGAAUGCACGUCUAUCACGCUGAGUACAUUCGUGAUUUUUCGAUGUUCAUAUUAAUCUGGGGUUGCUUGACUGUAUGUCAACAAUUUGCAACGGAAAAAUAUUUCUGGAAGGUUAUAUAUCAUACCCAAUGGAUUGUUAAUGCAGCUGAUGUAGCAACGUUCUUAUUUAUGGCAUUGGCAGCCUAUGGUAAAGAAUCAAAUAAAAUAUCUCCUAUCCUUGUAGAUGAGGUGCACCAUUCAACCGCAAUGUGGUCUACUGACCUCGAUCUUCUAUCAGAAUCUAUAACUGCGCCUCCAAUAGUCCAUGUAUUGACAUCUAGAAGCAAUCAAGAAAUAGAUCCAUCAAUGGACAGUGCUAUAAUGGUUUUAUCGAACGCAAUUCUCUUUAUAUUUAGAGGAUUGCAUAGGCUGAAGUUGCUAGCUCAUGUUCAGGCACGGCUUCACACGGAGAUACCGGUCGAUCAGUUCAAUCAACAUCCUUGGUUCUAUUUAUUUCCUAUAAUGUGGUCAGAAUUCUACUUGGGUGAUAUUUUUAGUAAUGCUUAUUUUAUAAUAAACCUUGUGCUUGAAUAUUUAGUUAUAGCGAUCACAUAUCAUUGCGUUAUCGAAAGUAUUGUAUAUGAAUGGCCAAGAUUGACACGUUGGAUGUGUAUGAUAACAUUUGGCAUUAGUGGCAUCCUAAUGUUUAUUUUCACCACAGUUGAUGAUAGAGUCGUACUGUGGACAUACGCCAAAGGAAUCGCUACUUUGAUGGAGACAGUAUUUCUUUACAUGUUCUAUCCGGUUGGUAGGCUGGCAGACGAUUACACAUUCCUUUAUGGCCGUGCACCUACCAAAUUAAGAAUGCUGAGCAUGCGUAUUGUACCUGUUUACUACAUCUUUAAAUUUUAUAUAAUGAUGGACUCACUUUUUCAAGAGAUGGAAGAAAGUAACAUCGGUACAGAUGUCUGGCACUACUAUUGGUCAUGGUGCCUGUUUACGUUGCCUAUCAUCGGAGGCACAGCUUAUAUUACAUACAAAUAUCUAAUGGUCUAUAGAAUGACUUGGAACUACAUGCUUCGUCCAAAACCUAGAUGGGGACCUCAAGAUUUUUCAGAACGUCAAUUGCGAAAACAAUUUGAUACAAGAUAUCAUAUUGGAUCUGAGGCACCGAAACUGCUAACUCGAUAUCUAAAUGGUAAAAGGGAAUCAAAAGUCUAUAAGAUCGACGUUCGAUACGACUUCUACAGGAGAUCCACAGUCAGUCCAAUGGCAGUCCGUUUCGGAAUGCACAAAGAAGAUUGAUUUGAUUUCUAAUUGCGGUUUUAAUUUGAAAUAAAGUUGUAUUACAAUUAAAUACAUCAUUUUUUACCAUCA